GGCCGGCAUCACCCGGAAUGAAAACAAACGACGGCCCUGCCGCAUCCGGGCACUCAGGCAGUCGCCGUGGGCGCAGCGGCGGCAGGGGCGGUGGCGCAGGUGAGGGGUGGCGGCGCGGCGCUCCAGAUUCAGGCUCCGCCUGGUCCUGUCGUCUUCUCCGGGCAGGGAGCGACGGGAUGGCACAAAAGAAAUAUCUUCAAGCAAAAUUGACCCAGUUUUUAAGGGAAGACAAGAUUCAGCUUUGGAAACCUCCAUAUACAGAUGAAAAUAAAGACGUUGGUUUGGCAUUAAAGGACCUUGCUAGUAGAUAUUCUAACAAGCUAGGGUGUUGUGAAAAUGAAGUAGAGAAGAUAAUAGAAGAAAUCCGUUGCAAAGCAAUUGAGCGUGGAACAGGAAAUGAAAAUUACAAAACAACUGGAAUUGCUACAAUCGAGGUGUUUUUACCUUCAAGACUAAAAAAAGACAAGAAAAACGUGCUGGAGACGCGACUGCACAUCAGCGGCAGAGACCUUCGGUCUAAAAUAGCCGAAACCUUUGGAUUUCAAGAAAACUACAUCAAGAUUGUUAUAAAUAAGAAGCUGCUUCAACUAGGGAAAAGCCUCCAAGAGCAAGGAGUGACUCACAACGUGAAGGCGAUGGUGCUGGAACUCAAGCAGUCCGAAGAGGAUGUGCGAAAGACCUCCCAGGAAGAGGAAGAGAAGCAGAAUGAGGCUGAUCUCAAAGAAAAGCAAAUUCAGAGAACAAAGAAAGGGCUGGAGAUCCUGGCCAAGAGAGCCGAGAUGGUGGUAGACCCCGAAACCACACCCUACCUGGACAUAGCGAACCAGACAGGCAGAUCCAUCCGCAUCCCCCCGUCACAGAAGAAGGCCCUCAUGUUAGCCAUGGGAUAUCAUGAGAAGGGCAGAGCUUUCCUGAAAAGAAAAGAAUAUGGAAUAGCCUUGCCGUGCCUUUUGGAUGCUGACAGAUACUUCUGUGAGUGUGGCCGAGAGCUCCUGGAUACUGUGGAUAACUAUGCCGUGCUCCAGCUGGACAUUGUGUGGUGCUACUUCCGCCUGGAGCAACUAGAGUGCCUUGAUGAUGCAGAAAAAAAGCUUGGCUUGGCCCAGAAAUGCUUGAAAAAUUGUUACGGAGAAAAUCAUCAGCGGCUGGUCCACAUAAAAGGAAACUGUGGGAAGGAGAAGGUGUUGUUUUUAAGGCUUUACUUGCUUCAGGGGAUCCGAAACUAUCACAGCGGAAACGGAGAAGAGGCCCGUGAGUAUCUUGAUAAGGCACGGCUGCUUUUCAAGGAGCUGCAUAUUGACCCCUCAAAAGUGCACAGCCUCAUGCAGCUGGGGUUCACACCCCAGGAAGCCCGGCUGGCCCUGCGGGCCUGUGACGGCAACGUGGAUCAUGCAGCAAUCCACAUCUCCAACCGCAGAGAGGAACUGGCCCAGAUCAGGCGAGAGGAGAAGGAGAAGAAGCGGCGCCGCAUGGAAAACAUCAACUCUCUGAAAGGCAUGGGCUACUCUGCACGGGCCGCCAGGCAAGCCCUGCACCAGGCCGGCGGGAACCUGGACGAGGCCCUGAAGAUCCUGCUCGGUAACCCUCAUAUGUGGUGGCUGAACGACUCGGCUCCUGACGCCAGCAGCCCCCAUGAGAGUCCUUCCCAGAAGGGCAUUGACCAGCUGGUGUACAUGGGCUUUGACGCAGCAGUGGCGGAGGCCGCGCUGAGAGUGUUCAGGGGCAAUGUCCAGCUGGCGGCACAGACACUGGCCCACCACGGCGGGAGCCUUCCCCCCGACCUGCAGCUGCCAGAGGAAGACGUCUCCUCCACGCCGUCCACGUCGCCCUCAGACUCCGCAGGAACCUCCAGCGCCUCCACCGACGAGGACAUGGACACAGAGGCUGUCAAUGAGAUCCUAGAGGACAUCCCUGAGCAUGAGGAAGACUACCUGGACUCCACACUGGAGGACGAGGAGAUUAUUAUCGCAGAGUACUUAUCCUAUGUGGAAAAUAUAAGGUCGGCGACAGACUGAGCUGCGGCCAGGAGAAGUGUGUCUCUGGUAUAAAUUCUGUCCUUUGAAAAGCCUAGCGCAGGCCUCCGUUCUUGCUGUCUUGAUGCUGCUCCAGCCGCCUCCUGCUGUGGCAGGAGAGGCUGGGGGCCGCACCUUGCUGUUCCCAUCUGUCUGUCUGUCUGUCUGUCUGUCUGCUGUGAGGCGCCCCUCACCCUGCCUGCCUGCUUGGAUUCUCACCCAGCAGUGGGGAGCUGGCCACUGCUUUCCCAAGAGCCCGGUGGCCCUGGGCGUGGGGAGUGGACAGAGGAUGUGCAGACCUGGUGCAUAGCUUCCUCCCCUACCUGUUGUGAACCCGGUUUUCCACCUGUGAUUAUCCCUGCAGGAGCACCCCUCCUCUGCGCCCCCCCCCAUGUGUCCCUUAGGCCUGCAUUCCCCCUGCUGUGGGCAUAAAGAUGAGCAAGGCCUUCGUCUGGAGACGCUGAUGCUUUCUGUAGUUUGGUAGAAUGUACUCGAGGUUCAAGGUGCGGUUCAGACUUUAUAUGCAUCCAGAAUGCCUUACACAGUCUUAUUAAAUGCUAACCAAAGCAACUUACAAUUCUAAGGUAACAUUUCUAGACUCUGCUGUCCUCAGAGCUCACUUCUGAGACCUCAGGUUUAGACAUUUUCUCCCAGUUUGGGGGGCCGGGCACUUGUGAUGGAUGAUCCCCAAAGCAGUGAGGUCCUCUGGGAUGAACACCUGCCCAGGGCACAGCGGGCAGUGGCCAUGUGCCGAGUGGACCAGGUACCAGCUGUCCUGAGACCCUUGCUUUCUGGAAGCCAGUGGGGCACCACUGAACGCAGGGUGGCUGGGUGCCACUGUUGGGAACCCACUGGCAGUAUUUCCACUUUGGCAGAGCAAACAGCCUUAGAUGAUGAUGCAGGAAAUAAAAGGUGAACUGGAGCUGCAGGAGCACAGGAUGGGCAAGGCCAGUGUCAGCAGGGAGGGUGCUGCUCUGGGGAGUGCACGUGGGAAGAGCGAGGGCUGGGCAUUGGUUGGGGUGGCAUGUGGCUGUCAGCCUGGGUGGUACGUCUGGGCCUCACUCAACAUCAGACUGGCAUCAGGGGUUCCACGGAAGUUCUGGCUAAUGAGCCCCUGUCCUGAGCAAGGUGGCAGGUGGGCUUCUGCUGCCCACUGGUUCUGAUGCUGGUGAAAAAGGCCGGGGCGGGCCAGCCACACCAGGCAGGCUGAUGAGCUGGGGCUAAGACUCCCCCUGCGCCUGCAGGAGCAGCUGAGGGUUCGAGGUUAAGGUGUCACCAAAGGGCCAGGAAUCCCCUUGGGGACUCAGGCACAGGGUAAGUGGGGUGCUAGUGAGGGAAAAGCUGUGUGUGUGGAGCACUUCUGAACCCACAGACAUGCGGGAAGGGAAGGGCAGGCAGGGGCUGAUUGGAGGGAACCCAGGCAGCUAGAAGAUCCGGCCAAAGAGCAGGCACGGUGUGAAGUCAGUGUCUGGGCUGUGCAGUGAUGCCUUGUGCUUGGCUGGUAACCUUGAUGCUGACCCUCUGCGUCCUGGUGACACUGUGGUGCCACCCGUGUUUUUCUGCCCAGGUAGCCUGCAGUUCUCUGUCCCAUCCCUGGCUAACUGAAUAAAUUGAUCAAAGACAA